AUGAUGAGUCCACCCACAAGGCCUACGACACAUACGACAGCAACUUGUGCUUGUGAUCAAUGUCGAAGUUCUGCAUCUGCAUCGACAAUUAUUAGUAAAAGCUCAACAAAAAAACGGAAAAAUAAGAGUGAUGAGCAAGCUGAUGAAGUACUGGAAAUGGUUGAGGAGAGGCUUCGUAAUAGCGCUACCGCUAAUAAGGACGACGCUUUUGAUAUUUUUGGAAAACAUGUAGCAGCAAAAUUACGGUCGUUACCACAUCUAACUAAAUUAUAUACAGAAAAGCUGAUUACUGAUCUAUUGUUUCAAGCGGAAUUAGGCAAUAUUGAUAGCAAUACCAAGAUUGCUACAGUAGCCAAUGACCCUACAAGAACCUAUUACAAUAAUUAUUCGCAACAAUUGCAACCAGAUGGAUACUUCUGCCCACAAAGCACUGGUACUCAACAAGGUUCACAAAGUAGUGGAACGAUUGCGACUCUGAUAGAUAGUAGCAUUACAACAUACUUUGGAAGUUAUCAAGCGACUGGAGAUUAUAAUUAAGAUGAUUCUUUUGAGUUGAUACUGCUAUUUUUUUUUAUUAAUAAAGUGUUUUCUUUUUUUAUUACUGAAUGUAAAAAUGGGUUUCUAGGAAAGUUAUUUUAAUAAAAUAAAUAUACUGUAACGAGCGUCCGCCAGUGUG